GGGGAAAGCGAGUGGUCAUUGGAACCGAGAGCUGAGCAGCUAUGGCCUUCCCCAAGGCUCCCCUCAAGCGCUUUAAUGAGGCCACUGCUUCUGCCCCAUCCCCAGGGUCCUAUGAAGUCAAAUCUUCAGAGGCAUUGAAGGGACCUGUGUCCUUUGACAAAUCCCAACGCUUUAGAAAGCAGAAAUCCCGACAGUUUAGAAAGCAGAAAGGGGAAAUGGGAAGUCAACAGAAUUUGAAUAGUGAAACGAAUGACUGCUUGCCCAAAACUGUAAGAAGACUUAAAUCUCUGGGAUCAACAGAUACAACCAUCAUGAAAGAGCUGAAAAAACAAAAGAUGCUUGAGAAAGAGAUUCGGGCAUUAGUGAGAGAACGUGGCGAGCAGGAUAAAAGACUCCAGGCUCUAGAGGAGGAUUUCAUGAAGUCUGAAGCAAAACUAACUGCAGCAGUCAGGGAGAAAACCUCUCUCUCAGCAAAUGUUGCUUCCCUGGAAAAACAGCUUCUUGAAUUAACAAGAACUAAUGAAUUUCUAAAAUCAAAGUUUUCUGAAGAAGGUACACAGAAAAAAAUGAGCAGUCUAUGCAUGGAGUUAAUGAAACUCAGGAACAAGAUGGAGGCAAAGAGUAAAAAUGUCCUUGCUAAACAAGAAGACAUGGAAAUGAAGUUGCAGGUAGUCCAGAGGAAUCUAGUGCAAUCCAAAGGAAAAGUAGCACAGCUGGAAGAAAAACUAACUGCUACUGAGAGAGACAAGGUUGAAGAAAAGUCUGACACUGAGAGACUCUUGGAAUAUAUUACAGAACUCAGUGGAGUUGCAGAACAGAUAGAGAAGUACAAACUAGAUCUUGUCCAUAUGGAGAAGAUACUGGCACAAAAGGACCAGGACAUUAUGGCCUUGAAAGAUUGUUUUACAACAAAAGAAGAACAACUAUCUAAACUAAUCAAAGAGCUUAAUGAAAGGUGUCAGUUGCUUGAACAAGAAAAAGAGAAACUCUUAACUGAGAACAGAGAAAAAGAGCAAAAUAUGAAUGCUGAAAUAGAAAGCUUGAAAAAGAGACUCCUCCUAGAGGAGCAAGAACACCAAAAACUUCAGCAGAAACAGGAGGAGAUCUAUUCUCAACUGCAACAAGAGAAGGAACUUUUCACUUCCAUUCAUCAAAAGCUGCUAGAGUUUCAAGAGGAGAUGACAAAUGAGAGGCUCCUUUUGGAGGAAGAACUAGAAGAAGCAAUGGAUGAAUUGGAUAAACUGCAUAUUAAGGAAGAAAAGGCUGAUAAGUUGGUAAAGCACUUGGAACAAGAGAACAAGUCCAGAGCUGAAGAGCUAGCACAGAUGGAAGCAAAGCUGAAAGGGAAGAAUGCUGAGUUGGAGAGAACCAAUGAAACACACAGUAAAGCCAUUGUUCAGCUGCAAGAAGAGCACAGCAACACGCUACGUAAACUUGGAGAAAGUGUUGCUGAAUUUGAAAGUUACAAGGGAUCUAUGACUGAAGAAAUGGCAUGUCUCCGACUGGACAAUUCUUCUCUACAGGAGAAAGUAGCUGAGCUGAGAAAAGCAGGCCAGGAUACACAACAGCAACUCCAGGAGCUGGAACAUGCUAAAGACAAGGCAAAAGAGGAAUAUGCAAGGAUGCUUCUAGAUGCCCAGACAAAGCUAGCGCUAAAAGAAGCAGAAAUAAGGAGAACCAAGGAAUCCUGCAUUGCACAGAUAACUAAACUUCAGACAAAACUGGAAGAGCAAACCGAAGACUUCAAGAAACAGCUUGAAUUUGAAAGAUCAAGGAAAACUGUAGAUGAAAAGGUGUCUGCUGGCUUCCAAGAAGAGAUACAAACCUGGCGUGCUCUCUAUGAAGACUUGCACAACAAAACUAAGCCUUUUCAGCAACAACUGGAUGCAUUUGAGGCAGAGAAGAAUGCUCUCAUGAAUGAACAUGGUGCAGCCCAGGAAGAGCUGAACAAAUUAAGUGAUUCAUAUGCUAAGCUACUGGGCCAUCAGAAUCAGAGGCAGAAAAUCAAACAUGUUAUGAAGCUGAAAGAUGAGAAUGCCCAGCUCAAACAGGAGGUUUCAAAACUGCGUGCUCAGGUAGCUAAGGAAAAACAAGCACAGAGAGAGCUUCAGGAGCAAUUGAAUGAAAUUCAGGGCAUCAGGCGCUUUGAUUCUUCUAAAGCUUUUCAACAUGAUAGCAAGGAAAAUGUUGCUCCCAAAACUCCUUUAAAAGAAGGCAACAGGAACAAGUGCUGACCUGUUUUUUUGGAUUCAAGAGGAUCCUGUUAACUUGCUGGGAAAAGCUAAAUGCUGCAUUGAAGAUUCAAGGGACCAUAUGUACAUUAUAAAAUCAAGGAUCAAGGUUGCACAAUGAUGGGUCUAGUAAGAGCCCUUAAGGGAAAGGCUUUCUUAAAUAUUUUAAAGAACAAUGCUAGGUUUAUACCCAGCAGGCAAUGGAUAACUAACUGCACUGAAAAGGUUCUCUGGUCAAAGCCUGCUUCACACUGGGACCCAGGGAAAUAUUUGGCAUGUCACUUCCUACUGUGUCU